CUAAACGCUGCUGCGUGGCUCGGCUACAGGCUGCAUAUAAAAAGGUGUUUGUCGCACAAAUGUCACCGAAACAUCAAUAAUCGUGGUUGAAGCGGGGCUUUUAGUUUUGAACCAGUCAUGUCUUGGGUCAGAGCCGUGCCGUGCAGUGCUGAGGAUGUCUUCGACGAGAACGCGGACGAUCUCGGUCUUCAGAGUAAAGAGUGGACGUCCAACAUGAAGAAACGAGUCAGGGAUGGUUAUGUAGACGGAGUUGAUGCCGGGGAGGAGGCCUCUCUUCAGGCCGGUUUCAACCUGGGGUUCAGGGAAGGAGCAGCUCAGACUGUGGCCGUGGGCCGUCUCAAAGGAAUUGCAAGUGCUAUAUGGUGCUGGUGCCAGAUUCAGCAUCCGGAAAACCCCGUCCCAGCCUCUGUCACUGAGCUCCUGCAGCGUGUUUCACAGCAUGAGGACAAAAUCACAGACGGCAUCAGGCAGGCUUUGGAGAAUCCCCCUCCCAGUGUGAGCGACGUCUCAGAGAGCAUGGAGGAUCUGGAGGUGGAGCAGGCAGAUCGGGACUGUUGUGGAGAGGGAUGUGAAGAGGCGGGCUGCUGCAGGAGAGGAGAAAAAAUGGACCUGGACAUUCCUCACCAGCCACAAAAACACUGCUUAGGGUCAACUGACUGCUCUUCCAGCUCAGAUGAAGGUCUAAACCUCCUGCUGCAGCUCUGCAUGAAUGUAGUGUCAGAGCUUGGUCUUCCCCAGGAACUGAUCAGUCACAUACAGGAGCUGAAGAACAUGUAGUGAUGGAAGAUCAGGGACCAAAGCCACAGAAGGAGGACGAUGCUUAAACAGGCACAUGAACUAUGAACCAAAAUAGUUUCAAGUGUAAAUUUCUUACAUGCUGCAGUGAAGUACUUUUGAUGUAUAUAAUGUAAAAUAAAUUUUUUUCAUCUUAGUAUUUCAAGAAUGUUUGAAAAUAAAAAAUGGAUUUGCUUUUUUACUGCA